UUGGGAUAGGAGGGAUUUUUUUGCCUUUAAACCCUGAUUGAAUCGGUCCGGUUACAAUUAGUUAAAAGAUAUAGCACAAUAGAAAGCGGAAUAACGGAUACAGACGAAAUCACUAUACGCCUGGACUGGACGCAAAGAUUCGACAUUUCCUUUUACACCAACACAGGGGAUCGAGCGGAGGCUGGCGACCGUAAUUAUGUGCGAUUUUGUCCAUUAAAACAUGAUUUCUCUUUGUCGCUCGUGUAACACUCGGAUUUCUUAAACUGCCGGGAAAUGGUUACAUUGAUUGUCAAUGUUUAAGGGUGUGUUUCUUGAAAGCAGGCCGCCUUCGUUCUCCAUCUGCAAUGGAAUCAUCUCGGAGCUGUUUUUUAAUGGAUGUAUUUUGCACUAUAUCUGCCGAAUGAGGAUACUUGCGCACUGCAGUAAAAUGCCCCGUUUACGUUAUCGUAUUUUAGAUGGCAGAGUUAACAUUAAAUAACCAAUUGCUCUGGAUCACCUAAUCUACACCCGUCGAAUUUUGUUUUUUUUUUCUUUAUUUUUCGUUCGACUAGUGUGGGCGGUCCGACCUCUCCUGUAGACCUGGCAUAUUUUACAUCUAAGGCGCUUGUACAAUCCCAGUCGUUGCAUAAAUGAAAAACAAACAGUAUCAUCUUAAGUUGACGGCGCCCUGGGAAAAGGAUGCGAGUUUUGGGCGAAAGCUCAAAACAUACAGGAACCAUACCAAAAUAAUCGCCCAUCCAGGAAUCGUGAUGAAAGUGUUGCGCAGGAAGCGGAUCGUCUUAUUUAUAGCGUAUUUCUUGCUCCUAGUUCUGACCAUGCUUAAUCUAGCUAACUACAAAUGGACUAAGGAGCCGCAGCAAUGCAAUCACCAAAUGAGAAGUGCGACUUAUCAGGGCAGGUCGGACAUACGCUUUCUUUAUAGACCGCCCCUGGCUAAGAAGAGGCAGCUCGUUUAUGUCCUGACAACUUGGAGGUCCGGAUCCUCGUUCUUCGGGGAGCUGUUUAACCAAAACCCGGAGGUUUUCUUUUUGUAUGAACCCAUGUGGCACAUCUGGCAGAAACUGUAUCCAGGGGAUGCCGUAUCUCUCCAAGGAGCAGCCAGAGACAUGCUAAGCUCCUUGUACCGGUGUGAUCUCUCAGUUUUCCAGCUGUACAACACACCGGGGAACAAGAACAUUACCUCUCUGGGGCUUUUCGGUGCUACACUUAACAAGGUGAUCUGCUCCUAUCCCCUCUGCUCAGCUUACAGGAAAGAUGUGGUGGGCAUGGUGGACGAUAAAGUGUGCAAGAAGUGUCCUCCUCAGAGCUUACGGCUUCUGGAAGAGGAGUGCCUCAAGUAUAACACCGUGGUGAUAAAAGGGGUGCGCAUCCUGGACGUCAAUGUUUUAGCCCCUUUGAUGGAGGACCCCUCUUUGGAUCUGAAGGUGAUCCACUUGGUGAGAGACCCCAGGGCGGUAGCUAACUCCAGGAUCAAAUCGCGGCAUGGGCUGAUACGUGAAAAUUUGCAAGUGGUUAGAAGCAGGGAUCCUAAACUUCGCCGGAUCCCUUUCGUAGACCCCAACCACAAAGUAAACAAAAAAGACGGGUCUGACUACCACUCCAUCGGGGCCAUGGAAGUGAUUUGCGACCGGACCUCCAAGACGUUAAGAACGGCCUUAAACCCUCCAAGCUGGAUCAAGGGGAAAUACAUGGCAGUGCGUUACGAGGACCUGGUGGAGAAUCCCAUCAAGACGCUGAGAAACGUGUACCGGUUCGUGAACCUGUCGGCAAAUCACGACAUCGAGUCCUUCGCCCUGAACAUGACGAGCGGCACCAGCUCGUCCUCAAAGCCUUUCAUUGUCUCGUCCCGAAAUGCGACGCAGGCAGCCAGUGCGUGGAGAACUGCGCUGAGUUUCCAGCAGAUGAAACAGGUGGAGGACUACUGUCAGCACUCCAUGAACAUCCUGGGUUACGAACGUGUGAGGACGGCCGGCGAAGCCAAGGACCUCGGCAAAUCCCUGUUGACAGCCCCUAAACUGUGACAUUGUCCGUACCAAAGACAGUGAUUUGCAUAUUCAUGCUUCCCCCCCCCCUUUUUUUUUUUGCAUCAAGAACAGUUUGUUGUGAAAUUUUCAAAAAGUUCAAGCUUUAUUUCAAUGUCAUCGUUCUUGGAGAGUUUCACAAGGCACGUUGGAAUGUAUUAUUAUUAUUAUUAUUAUUAUUAUUAUUAUUAAUAUUAUUUAAUCCAGUUGAAUUUGUUUAGAGCAUUACGUUUAACUUGGACCACUGGAUAUUUGACGAUGCUACGCCACUCAUUUUUUUAGUUGCGGCCUUUCAAAGUAAAGAAACUGGGAUUGUGUACAAUGCAACUUAGGAUACUGAUGCAAAUGUUACUCGAGUUGCGUUAAAAGUUCAAAUAUGCUGGAAAAUUCUAGUGGUUAGCUUUCACAAGUAUGUCCAGGGGCGUUGCUAGAGAUUUUGGGCCCCAUGAAAGCAUAUCAUAUUAGGCCCCCCAGUCCAAACCAAUCCAGUUAUUUUCCUAAUUUUUUAGGGCCCCUGUCACUCGGGGGCCCUUGGAAUCGUCCUGGCUUUCCUCCCCCUUACGGCGCCCCUGAGUAUGUCCAUGUGAAAGUGUUAAACUGCGGGGAAGGAUCUUUACAUCAUGUGAGAAUAACUGUGCUCUAGUAAUUGUAUGUUAUGUUUGUAUGUUCUCGUGCUUGUUGAACUCUACAAGAGACAAUCAUUAAAAUGUUCUAACAAUUACUUUGUGCAAUAUAUAAAUAUAAAUCUUUUUUAUGCA